AUGUCUGUCCCUAUCGCACUCGACACCAAGGGACAUACCCAACCGCCACCGGACACCUUCGAGGAGAAAGACGACGAGGAGAAGGCCCUCCCCUCGCCGACCUCCAAGGCCAGCAUCUUGCCCUGGGCACACUAUACCCCGCCGUCGACGUACGAGUCGGCGCAUCGCUGGGACCCAGAGUUCACAUGGACAGAUGACGAGGAGAGGAAGCUGUACCGCCGGCUCGAUCUGCGCGUCACGCUGUUCGCGUGUAUCUGUUUCGGCGCGCUGUGUCUCGACCGGUCCAACAUUGGCAAUGCGACGAGCGAUAACUUCCUCAAGGACCUGCACAUGACCACUGCGGACUAUAACCUCGGCCAGACGAUCUUCUACAUCUCGUUCCUGCUCGCCGAAAUCCCUUCACAGCUCGUAUCCAAGAAGCUCGGGAGCGACGUGUGGAUCCCGAUCCAGAUGAUGGCGUGGUCGGCCGUCACGUUAGGCCAGCGAUGGCUCGUUGGCCGGUCGGGCUUCUUCGCGACGCGUGCCCUGUUGGGGCUCUUCGAGGGCGGGUUCAUCGCCGACACGGUGCUGUACCUGUCCUACUACUUCACCGCGGCAGAGCUCACGAUCCGGCUCUCGUGGUUCUACGUCGCCCUCACCACCACAGGGAUAGUCGGCUCGUUCCUCGCCGCCGGGCUGCUGCAGCUGUGCCACCAUACCUCCUGGACGGGGUGGCAGUUCCUCUUUCUCAUCGAAGGCAUUCUCACCUUCCUCAUUGGCGCGUUCGCAUUCUUCUACCUCCCCCCUGGGCCGACGCAGACGGCGGGUGGGUUCCUCGGCGUGCGCGGGAACGGCUGGUUCACGGAGCACGAGGAGAAGAUCAUCGUCAAUAAGGUACUCCGGGAUGAUCCUACCAAGUCGGACAUGCACAACCGUGAGGGGCUGUCGCUACUCCAGAUCUGGCGGGCGUUCGCCGACUGGGACCUCCUGCCCAUGUACCUCGUCGGGUUUCUCUUCAACAUGCCCAUCGCCACAGUGACGCAGUACUUCUCACUCACCCUCAAGUCGCUCGGCUAUACGACCUUCCAGACAAACAUGCUGCAGAUCCCCUACCAGGUUUUGCACAUCGCCAACAACUUGACGCUAUCGUACACGUCGCGGCGGGUACGCGAACGCUUCCUCAUCGGCUCGAUCGGCUCGACCUGCCUCCUGGUCCUCUUCACGGCGCUCGUCACAAUCCCGGACAGCACGAGCAAGUGGGCCAAGUGGGCCCUCCUCUCGCUGAUAAUGGGCGCACCCUUCUGCCACCCGAUCAUGGUGUCGACCAUCAGUGCCAACUCGGGCUCCGUACGCACGCGCACCGUCUCAAGCGCGGUGUACAAUGCCGCCGGGCAGCUGGGCACGAUCGUCGCGUCGAACAUUUACCAGCCGCACGACGCGCCGUUCUACCACCGGGGCAAUCGCGCCCUCAUCGGCUUUGUGGUCGCCAACCUUAUCGCCAUGUGGUUCUGCAAGGCGUACUAUGUGUGGCGGAACCGCCAGAAGGAGCGCACCUGGGACGCCAUGUCGGAUGAGGAGCGCGAGAGAUACCUUGCCAAUGCGAAGGAUCUGGGGAACAAGAGUCUCGACUUCAGAUUUGUCCACUAG